CUCGGAAGUGGUAGUGCGUGUGCUAGGACCAUUGAGGCUCCACUCGCCGUGAGCAGCGAAACUAUAAUAGUAGCUCGAGCAAGCUACAACUUCCCCACAAUCCACAAUCCACCCUCCGCCUUCCGCCCUCCGUACAUACACCCCAUCUCACCCUUCCCACCCACCCACGAUGCAGAAAGGCGUCGGCCUCGGCGCAUUAAGCCGCAACAGCAAGCACUCGCAGCUGUACGCGUCGCACGGGGAGCGUUUGCAGCGCUCCCACGCCGACAAGCUCUCAACGCAGCUAUCAGUCUUCCAAGCAGCGCUGAUCGAGUUCUCACGGACACACGCGAAGGACAUCCGAUCGAACCCUUUAUUCCGCGCGGAGUUCGCACGGAUGUGCACGGCGAUUGGCGUGGACCCGCUCGCGAGCUCGAGCAACAAGAAGGGCGGCUCGUUCUGGGCGGAGACGCUGGGCACCAGCGUCAACGACUUUUACUUCGAGCUCGCGGUCAGGGUCGUGGAGGUCUGCAGACGCUCCAGGGACGAGAAUGGUGGCUUGAUCGCUGUUGCGGAGGUCAGGGAUCGCAUCGAGAAACUCGAUGAGAGGAUUGGUGGCGGCGCCAGUGGUGUCAGCGAGGACGAUAUCCUCCGCGCUGUCGAGUCACUUAAACCCCUAGGCUCCGGGUUCACGGUUAUCGAGCUGGGACGAAGGCAGAUGAUCCGGUCCGUGCCGAAAGAGUUGAAUACGGACCAGUCCACGGUGAUGGAAGCUAUUCAAGUUCUGGGCUUCGUCACGCACUCGAUGCUUCGUGAUAACUUGAGUUGGGAUCGGGCUAGAGUGCAGACCGUGAUUGAUGAUCUGCUAUCGGAUUCGCUGGUCUGGGUGGAUUCGCAGGCGGAGGAGAAGGAGUACUGGGCGCCUACGUUCAUUGGCAAUAUAGGCAAGUAGCCGCCCAAGUGGCUCAUAACAGUCUGUGAAGCGCUUAUUGUAGGAUAUGCCACUCUAUGACUUUGGUGGAGUGAAGUAAAGUCCCGCUACUUGAGUGGCCUUAUCUCGCGGUGGAGAUUACCUAUUGUAUUAAUUCCGGUUCAGUAGCUUCUACUUUGUGCAUACGACGAAAAGUAUCCGGUGCUACUCAUCUAGGUAUGUACUUGUAGCCAUGGUCCGUGUCGGGAUGUAAGCCCUCAACGCCAC